GUCGUUGGUUACUGGUGCUACGAUGGUGCAAUGUUUUGAAUAGGUAUCAUUCACUGGACUGAAAAACGGGAUGGAAGAGGAGCCCGACACUGGUAUUUCAUCACGGGCAGAGAGGAAAGCUCUGGAAAAAGCCAAAAUACUCCAACGGGAGAGCGAAAGGAAGAUCUUCAGUUUGGUUGCGCGGGUCCUGAGGAAGCCGGAGGCUGAACGGUCCAAGGAAGAGGCCGCUGCGCUCCUGCUGCACAGAGACGCCGUAGACGAGCUCUGCAAGAGACAAGUUCGUAGGGAUGUGCUGAAGAGGAAGCAGGAGGAGGUUUUUGAUGAUACUGAUGAGCUGAAAAGUAAAAUCAAGCAGCUUGCUGAGGCAGUGAGGCAAGCCAAUCACCUGGUGGUUUACACUGGAGCUGGUAUCAGCACGGCAGCCUCUAUCCCAGACUACAGGGGCCCUAAUGGGGUUUGGACGCAGCUGCAAAAGGGACGGACCAUAAGCUCAUCAGACUUGAGUAAAGCUGAGCCAACCCUCACACAUAUGUGCAUUAGGAUACUUCAUAAGGAAAAGUUGGUGAAGCAUGUUGUGUCUCAGAACUGCGAUGGACUUCACCUGAGAAGUGGUCUGCCCAGACACACCCUGUCGGAGCUCCAUGGAAACAUGUUUAUUGAGGUGUGCACAUCCUGUUCACCGGUCAGGGAGUAUGUGCGUUUAUUUGACGUGACGGAGCGGACAUCACUUCACCGCCAUUUAACGGGGCGGCGGUGCAGCCACUGUGGCGGUGAACUGCGAGACACAAUAGUGCACUUUGGGGAGCGUGGGACCUUAGAGCAACCUCUCAACUGGAAGGGAGCAGCAGAGGCUGCAAAGAUGGCAGAUGUUAUCCUCUGCUUAGGCUCAAGUCUGAAGGUGCUGAAGAAAUAUGCUUGCCUAUGGUCCAUGAACAGACCAGCAAGCAAAAGACCCAAACUCUACAUUGUUAACCUCCAGUGGACUCCAAAAGAUGAUCUGGCUGUGCUGAAAAUUCAUGGAAAAUGUGAUGAUGUCAUGAGCCUCCUCAUGGAGGAGUUAAACAUUCAGAUUCCUACAUAUGACAGGGAAGAAGACCCCAUCUUUAGUCUAGCUACUCUUCUGCGGCCUGAAGAGGCCAAAAGCCACACUCGUGAGCUCAUAGCCACUCCUGAUGACCUGGAGGAUGAGUCUGCUGACCCUGAAGAACAAAAGGAGGAACCCACAUCUGUGCAAGGGGGCUGGUUUGGACGAGGGUACCGCAAAGGAAGAAGAAAGAAGAAGAAAAAAGUUGAAUGACCGAGGAAGCUUUUGUGGACUGCAUAUGUUGCAGUCAGGUGCUACUAAUGAUUUAUCUCGAAGAUGGAUUUGAAUUCCAGUCCCAAGUUGAGGACAAGUUUCAGCUUCAGGGUGCUCUUGAAUGUAUGUGUUAUGUCUACUUGCCUGCAUUGAUGUUAUUGUGUAUGUGUGGAUGAGGUUAAUGUAACAUUUACAAAAAGUUUUUUGCACCAUGGUAUUUUGUUUUGUACUUUAUACAUUUAGAAGUAAAAGAAAUUGGAACGGAUUGCAUAACAUUUAUGGCAGCUAAGCUAGCUGGGUUUGCUGGAGCAAAACUUAAGCCCAAUGUAGCUAGCAAAGAGUGAUUAAAAACCAUUAAAUAACCAUGCAGAAAAUAUAACUAAAAACUGAUAGUACAGAACUUAAAAAGAACACAAUCCCUCAACGCUUUAAUCCACUCGGAGAAAACUGUAGUUUUUGUUUUUCCUCUAAUGUUCAUCUGUAUGCUCUGCAUAUCACCAACAUGUUUGUACAAGCAUCUGUGAAGCCUUUAGAAACUUUUUUUGGUGGAAUUAAUUUAUUGUAUAACAUUUUGCUGGGUCAAGCAUUAGGAGAGGCAAGUGUUCUUUAAAAUACUUGCAUCUCAAGGAUAAAAUUGUCUGCUCAUGGAAGGUGGUAUCAUUCACUUGAAAAUGACUAGUUUUUGUUUACUGUUCAAAAUAAGGCAGCAGAAUAGUAAAAGCAUACCUGUAGCCAGAUUUUAAAUUCGAUGUUUCUACAGUUUUGACAUUUUCUACUUGUAUGCUUAAAGUGAAAUAUAUUUUUGUAGAUUUUUUUUCAAAAUGUUUAGAGCUUAUUUUAUUUUGAAGGCGUUUUGGGUUACUUAAAUUAUUUUCCCAGCGGUCAACCUUCACUCUGCUGUACCCAUGCUCAGGUUAGCCGGCUAUGUUGCAGAGCCACUACUGUGUUUUAGUUUACUGAUGUUUCAUUUGUUUACAUUUUUUCUUUUAUUUCGGUAUCCUAUGAAAACAGAGUUUGGAAAUUUUACUUACAUGUUUUUUUAUGCCAUGUUAAGUUACUGUUUACUAUUUGUGAUUGGAAAUAAGCAGAAGGGUUGUCUUUAUUCAGUUAUCUCAGGAAGAUCCUGUUAUAUUAAUGUGUUCAGCAUUCCUUCAUUGGAAACUUGUGCUAAAACUAAAUGUGAAGACUCACUGGUUUUUGUUGGAUUUUUCAGUACUGCUCUGUUUGUGAGAAUAAAUCAUUUUGAAUCUUUUAAUUAUUAUUAUUGGUGUAUUAAUGCUAGAGGUUGUCUCUUGAGUCAUAACUUAGAAGUACUCUGGCUUAACUGAACGUUUCCCUUUUGGGAUUAAUAAAGUAUUUUUCAAAUUCAA